AUGGCAGCGCUUGCGCCGCACCCACAUUCAUUUCCAGCAAACGAAGACCAUCUUCCACCUCCAGCAGAUCCAUUUUGGCAGGCCACUCCGCGUAUCACAAACACGUCACAGGAACUCGAGCUUCUGAUGGCCGCACAACAGGUUGUUCCACCAACACCACGAAUUCCUCAGCAUCGCCUACACAAGUUCCUUCCGAAAGCGGCACCUCGUGGUCCAACCUGUACUCAUACCACGAUGAACCGGCUCUAUGGCAACCACACCUGUCACAUGUGUGGCAAAGUGCCGAGCAUAGGCUGGGUGUACUCAUGCCAGCAGGAUCACCAGCUUCAGUAUCAGCAAGUCACUCCUAGCAUUGAAGCACUACCAGAGAUCCCCGACAGCAGCAACUACUUCGAGGCGCAAGCCAAAGUCGCCGAAUCGAUCGGUAUGAGCAAGAGCGUCAUUAAGCAGAUGCGCUCGGGCGAGUACACUUUCGAUCAGAUUGAGAUCCUUCUGCAGCAGAGGCAGCACGUCCUCGAUGUCAUCCACAAGUCUCAGCACGGCUUAUCACACAGCACUACUCCAUCUCUCAAGUCAUCACCAACUCAAUCCCAGCUGCCGGCGGAGAACGUCAUUGCGUCCGUCGUCGCAACUGCGACAACCACAUCUCCAGAGACCACCACUGGCCAUCUGCCAAUGUCGCCUGCUGGCACCCCGGCUAAUACGCCUGCCGCAAGCACCGCGACUACACCGGUCAAGAACGCAAAUUACAGCCGGCCGACAUGCAUUCACAAGGUCUGUCACUCGUGCCGCCCCUUCCUUCGGGACCGCCUUCCGAUGAGCUUCGAGCCCGUGUUGAGCAACGAAGUGCCAGCAAUCACGGAGACGGAGAUCAAGAGGCUGCCACUGUUGAACCCGGGUGUUGUUCGCAAUCUGGGGCUGGGUGAAGUGGCGGAUUCGUCACCGCGGACGCCCAUCAAGCAUACGGAGGUCGCCAUCGACCAGGUGGACGGCCCCGAAGAAGACGUUUCGAGCGACUGGACUCCCACCUCAGCAAGCUCAAGCGCCUUCGACUCUGAUGAUUCCGACGAUGUACCGCCUGCUCGCAAGGCGACCGGCGGGAUGGCACCGCGCCCACAGCUUCCCCUCAAAUCGAGCCACAGCGGUCUUCGCCACAUGCGAGGAUCAGUCACGUCGACAUCCGAAGGCACCUCCUCUGCCGGCUCGUCGAUUAGCCUACCAGACCCCAAGACCGAGCCGCUGACUCCGACGUCUCCGGAUCAUUCUCCGUUCGGGCAUGGCUUGUCGGCGCAGCUCGGCAAGACUCAGAAGGCUGCCAGCGUGUGUGGAGUGAUGAACGAUACGGACAACCAGCCAUCAGAUACGUGGUCGAUGUCGACGAACAGCAGCAGCAGUGUGGGCAGCGAAGUGGACGUCGAUGGAGGUGUGGCGUUGGCCGGAGAAGGGGUGGGGAGUGGAGUACCGGACAUUGUUACGGAGAAGUAG